AUGAACAAAGUUUUGAAAUCUCAUAAACACAACAUCUCCGAUAUAAAUGAACUUCAAGCUACAUUAGACAGUAAAGCUGACAAGAACCAUACACAUGAAUCCUUCACUACUGUUAGAGCAGACGACAUAAUAUUGAACUAUACCCUUGGUUCAAGUGCACCUUUAGAGAAUCCGAGUACAAGCGUAAAAGAUACACUAAACUCCUUAAAUAGUAAAUGUAUGAACAUUGAAGGUCAUGUCAGAAACUUUGAAACACAUGAACUACCAACAAUGUUAGAUAAGAAAGCUGACAAAGAACAUACACAUAAAUCCUUCACUACUGUUAGAGCAGACGACAUAAUAUUGAACUAUACCCUUGGUUCAAGUGCACCUUUAGAGAAUCCAAGUACAAGCGUAAAAGAUACACUAAACAAUUUAGAUAACAGAUGUAUGAACAUUGAAGAUCAUGCCAGAAACUUUGAAGCAUAUGAACUACCAGCAAUGUUAGAUAAGAAAGCAGACAAAACAGAGCUUCAAACAUUAAAGACUCAGAUUCUUGAAACCAUAUAUCCUGUUGGUUCUAUUUAUACGUCAAUGAACUCAACAAAUCCAGCAACAGUUCUGGGUUUUGGUGAAUGGAAGCAGAUUGUAGACAAAUUCUUAUACUGUGCUAGAUAUUCAAAGACGGCAGGAGGUUCGAAGAAAAUUACUGAAGCAAACCUUCCACCGCACACUCAUACAGGAACUACAAACACAACAGGUAGUCAUACACAUUCAAUAACAAAAAGAGGUUAUACAAAUCUUGCAGCAGGUUCGGAUAGACAGGGAAUGAAUAGAUAUGAUAUUUCAAGUGACCCAGUAGAUUCAAGCGCAGGUAUUUUCUGUGGAACCACAGGAAAUCAUUCACACACUUUCACAACAAAUCCAACAGGCUCGGGUGCAGAUUAUAUGCCACCAUUUAUGACUAUAUUCGCAUGGUACCGCGUUCAAUGA